GAAAAUGAGCAGCUUUAUGAUCCUCCCUUUCUACUCUUCAUUGCCAAUCUAGACUUCCUCUUCCUCCACCAACCAAACCAUACCAAACCCACAAAAACCCUCUCUCUCUCCCUCUCUCUAUACAUGUAUAUCAGCUUAAUUUACAGAGGGUGAGAGAGAGAAAUUAAAGAAGAAUUACCAUCGACAACCAUGGCGAUCACCACCUUCUCCAACCUCUCCAUGCAUUCCCUUUCCCUUCCUUCACCAAACCACCACCAUAACCAUCAACCUUCCUUCCCCCAAAACUUCAGUUUCUUCACCAUCACCACCCACCGUGUUAACAAUUAUUCCUACUUCCAUUCUUUCAAUUGCCCAGCACCCAUUAUCACCUUUAACGCCAGCUCUGUUUCCUUCAGACCUCCUGCAGCUGGUGGAGGAGGAGGAGGAGGAGGAGGAGGUGGUGGUGGUGGUGGAGGAGGAGGAGGUGAUAGUAACAAUGGCAAUGAGGAUUCCGGUGACCGGGAACGGAACAAGUCGGAGGCUUUGCUUGCGUUGGCAGAGGCAGGACGGUCUCUGGAGAGUAUACCCAAAGACUUGAGUGGGGCCAUUGAGGCAGGAAGGAUUCCUGGGGAGAUAGUGAAGCGGUAUUUUGAGCUUGAGAAGUCUGCGGUGUUCAGGUGGUUGCUUGGUUUUGGUGGGUUUAAGGAAAGGUUGCUUGCUGAUGAUUUGUUCUUGACCAAAGUGGCCAUUGAGUGUGGUGUUGGGAUUUUCACCAAGACUGCAGCAGAGUUAGAGCGGCGGAGAGAAAACUUUACAAAAGAGCUGGAUUUUGUUUUUGCUGAUGUGGUGAUGGCCAUUGUAGCAGAUUUUAUGCUUGUUUGGCUUCCUGCUCCUACUGUUCCUCUCAGGCCACCUCUAGCACUCAGUGCUGGACCUAUUGCUAAGUUAUUCUACGGAUGCCCUGAAAAUGCCUUUCAGGUAGCUUUGGCUGGAACAUCAUAUUCAUUUUUACAGAGAAUAGGUGCAAUACUGCGAAAUGGUGCCAAAUUAUUUGCAGUUGGGACUGGUGCAUCUUUGGUUGGUACAGGUGUGACAAAUGCAUUGAUUAAUGCACGGAAGGCUGUCGAUAAAUCUUUUGCGGGUGAGGCAGAGGAUGUCCCCAUAUUAUCAACCAGUGUUGCCUAUGGUGUUUACAUGGCAGUUUCUAGCAACAUAAGGUACCAAAUACUUGCUGGAAUAAUUGAACAACGGAUUCUAGAACCUUUGCUCCACCAACACAAGCUUAUACUAAGUGUAAUUUGCUUUGCUGUUCGAACCGGCAACACAUUUUUGGGGUCAUUGAUGUGGGUGGAUUAUGCACGUUGGACCGGAAUCCAAAAAAUACGGGAUUAGACCAUAGGAUAAAAGAAAUUCAAUCACACCAAAAUGUUGUAAGUUAAUUUUAUAUUUAAAUAGAAAUAAUUUUUCUUCUGGAAUGAGUGAGGAAAUUGGUAUUUGGUUACAUUUUGGUUUGUUAAUUGUUUGCUGUAUUCAUAAAAGAAGAAUUAUGGUUGUAAACCAAUAAUCAGAGUACCGAGAUUUUUCUUGAA